UGGUGGAAGGAAUAUGAAGUUUGAAAUUUGUGACCUAUAAAAUUAGAACUCAACAAGUUUCAAACACUCAACACAUUGAAGAAACAAUGUCUUGUAGUAGAAAUUUGAAGAACGCUAUCAUAGCAUUAUUGGUUCCUUUUCCCUCAAUCAUCUUCUAUCUCACAUUCCUUAACCACUAUCACUCCGCAAUUAACACAAAUAACACUUCUUUUUCGUCAACCCUAUGGACAUGGUGCUAUCACCACCCUCUCCUCUUUGCCAAUGCUCUCUUCUUCAUCAAUGUCAAUCUCCUCUUUUGGCUCAUUGGCCAAUUCCAAUCUAGUCACUGGAUGAUUGAUCCAUAUUGGACAGUGAUUCCUGUAAUGCUUGUUCAUUACUAUGCAACUCACCCUUUGGCUCAAUAUGAUUUGUGGAGGUCUAAGAUUGUGAUUUUAUUGACUUGGGUUUGGAGUAUUAGACUCACUCAUAACUACUUUAGGCGUGAAAAUUGGCAAUGGGGUGCAAGAGAAGAUUGGCGUUUCACUGAGAUGAGUCAACAGUAUGGAAAACAAUGGUGGUGGAUUUCAUUCUUUGCUGUUUAUCUCUCCCAACAGAUGUUUUUGAUUGGAUUGUCCCUUCCUUUAUAUGUUGUGCACUUUGUCAAUAAGCCUUUGAGUAUCAUGGACUUGGUGGCUAUUGUUGUUUCUUUAAGUGGCAUUGUUAUAGCACACUUUGCUGAUACACAACUCCAUGACUUUAUGAGUAGAAACAACAAGCUGAAAGAGCUUGGUAAACCUGUAGUCCCUUUACUUGACAGUGGCUUGUGGUAUUACUCCCGGCACCCGAAUUACUUCGGCGAACAACUCUGGUGGUGGGGACUAGUUGUGUUUUCAUGGAACCUAGGACAUGGAUGGACCUUUGUUGGUGCAUUGGUUAAUACCCUGUGUUUGGCUUAUGUGACUUGGCUUGUGGAGGACAAAAUGUUGAAAAAAGAGAGUAGAGCUGAGGCAUUUAGGCUUUAUCAGAAGACAACUUCAGUUUGGAUACCUUGGUUCAAGUCAUUUCCUUCACAAGUUAAAAAUAAGAAUGCUUGAUGUUUUUCUGUGCAAUGGUUGGUUUUUGUAAAAUUGUCAUCUUGGUAUUCUAUUAAGUGUUGUAUUGUUUUUCUUUUUUCUUGUUUUGUUUAAAGGAAUCAUGAUUAGCAUGUGUUCAAGACAGGUAGGUCGUUGUUAUAUUGUACAAAUCUUUUAUGUAUCUGCUAGGAUUGGUAUUAUAUAUUGGAUUUGGAUUUCACGCGCUAAA